AUGUCAAACCAAGGCAGACCGACCGACCCUGCUGGUGAACAGGGAGCCUCGACCCGGGACAACCAGCGGGAGCACGCAUCGUCGGGCGAAACCUCAAGAAACAGCACUUCCAACGCCAGUUUAGAUCGUGACGACCGUGAAAUAAUCUACUUCAACUCCCUGCUGCAGAAGCUACUGGACCUUAUAGCCCACGGCGAUGAGGCUUCGGUGGCCCGUGUCAUAUCCACUAUCCGCUCUGGGGCCUCCCACGACCAGAUUCUCGAAAUGAUCGACCAAUUUUCCAACUCUGGCAGUACAAACGGAGCCAGCAAUGGUACUCGUUCGCGUGAAUGA